UGUAUCUGUCUUCCACUAUCAUUAGUGUACGUCUCUUCUCCCUCCCAUGUGAUCUACCCACGUGAUCAUCAUACACUAAUGAGAUCCUCACAACUCUCCUCAACACACUUCCGUGAUUCAAUCACUUUUGCCUCCUUUUAUGCCUCUAUACACUGCAUGCUAUCUAUGCCUUUAAUUUAGGCUAUGUUUUAUUUUAUUUUAUUUUAUUUUGUGCUUGCUUGACUUUGAUGGGGUUGUGAAUACUGAAUGAAUAUCUUGCUUAUGGGUAUUUGAUGGCUUCCUCCUCAUAUAGCACAAGUCUGAAGUGGAUUUUUGAGGCUGGAAUUGAAGAAAUUGCCAGUGAGUGAGACAUGUGGGGAAGGGUUCUCCUCUGAGUUGGAUUUAGGUUGGAAUGGAUACCUUACAGAAAGCAGAUUGGAAGGCAAGUUGGACAUCCUGAUAAGCUACAUGUUAGGUCUACUUCAUCAGUGAUUUGAGGCUCUUAUCUUGUUCUGCUAUAGAUAUCUUCUUUACAUUUUUGACAAAAUUCCAGAUCCAACCUUUCUAUCCAUAAUCUAGGCUAUCAAUCUUCAUUCUUCAGAUAUUUUUCUCUUGGUAGGGAUCUUGAAUAGUAAAAUCUUGGACUUUUGAGGUGAACUCUAUGCUUUUUUGUUGGGUAUAAGAAACUUGUGGAGAAGCUACUCAGAGCUAUUAUUUGAGGUAUAAAGCUUUGGCUAUGCCAUGAAAAAACUAAGUAUACUACAAUAUGGGUAGCAACAGGACCAUUGUUUGGUUUAGAAGGGACCUUAGAAUUGAGGACAAUCCUGCAUUAGCUGCUGCAGCCAGGGAUGGUUCUGUAUUCCCUGUGUAUAUAUGGAGCCCUAAAGAGGAAGGACAGUUUUAUCCAGGACGAGUGUCAAGAUGGUGGCUGAAGCAGUCUCUUGUUCACUUGGAUCAGUCUCUGAAAUCUCUUGGAGCCGGACUAGUGCUGAUCAAAACCCACAGUACUCUUACAACUCUUUUGGAGUGUAUAAAUGCUAUUCAAGCAACAAAAGUUGUGUUUAACCAUCUCUAUGAUCCAGUUUCGCUUGUCCGUGAUCACAACAUCAAAGAAAAACUAGUUGAACUUGGCAUAUCUGUACAAAGCUACAAUGGGGAUCUGUUGUAUGAGCCAUGGGAAGUAUAUGACGAGAGUGGACAUGCUUUUACAACUUUUGAUCCUUUUUGGAAGAAAUGCUUGCACAUGCAAAUGAAAGCUGCUUCACUUAUUCCUCCAUGGCAAUUAAUUCCAGCUGAAGGAAAAGUUGAGAAAUGUUCAAUUGAAGAACUAGGUCUUGAAGAUGAAUCAGAAAAACCCAGCAAUGCAUUACUAGGACGAGCAUGGUCUCCAGGUUGGAGCAAUGCUGACAAGGCUUUAACCGAGUUUGUGGAGCAGCACCUACUUCACUACUCCAAGAAUAGGCUAAAGGUUGGUGGAGACUCCACCUCACUCUUGUCCCCAUAUCUUCAUUUUGGAGAAUUGAGUGUGAGGAAAGUUUUUCAAUUAGCACGUAUGAAGCAGAUAUUAUGGGCAAAUGAAGGCAAAAGUAUUGGUGAAGAGAGUGUAGCUCUUUUCCUCAGGGCCAUUGGACUUAGAGAAUACUCACGUUAUCUUUGUUUCAAUUUUCCAUUCACCCAUGAGAGAGCAAUCCUUGGGAACUUGAAGUUUUUUCCUUGGAAUGCUGAUCCUGAUAACUUUAAGACUUGGAGACAAGGUAGAACUGGCUAUCCUUUAGUUGAUGCAGGGAUGAGAGAACUUUGGGCAACAGGAUGGAUACACAACAGAAUAAGAGUAAUAGUCUCUAGUUUUGCUGUGAAAAUGUUGCUUCUACCCUGGAAAUGGGGAAUGAAAUAUUUCUGGGACACACUUUUGGAUGCAGACCUUGAAAGUGAUAUCUUGGGGUGGCAGUAUAUCUCAGGAUGCCUACCAGAUGGUCACGAGCUUGAGCGCUUGGACGAUCCUGAGAUUCAAGGGGCUAAAUUUGAUCCAGAAGGUGAAUAUGUAAGGCAAUGGCUACCUGAGUUGGCAAGAAUGCCAACUGAAUGGAUCCAUCAUCCUUGGGAUGCACCGCUUAGUGUGCUUAGAGCAUCAGGAGUUGAGCUUGGUCAAAAUUAUCCAAAGCCAAUAAUUGACAUAGAUUUGGCCAGAGAAAAACUGACUCAAGCUAUAUUCAAAAUGUGGGAAACUGAGGCAGCUGCAAAAGCUGCUGGCUCUGAACCAAGGAACGAAGUUGUUGUUGAUAACUCCAACAAUGUUGAAAAUCUGGACAUUCCAAAAGUUGUCUUGAAGGGCAAGACUCCAUGUGCUACUAUUUCAGCUAAUGAUCAGAAGGUGCCAGCAUUUGAGGAUCCCAAGAAUGACCCUUCUAUUCGGAAGAGAUCAAAAUGUAUGGUAGAGGAAGGUCAGAACCAGGAUAAUUCACAAAAUCAUAACAAAGAUAAUGGGGUGUCAGGCAUUAUUGAUCAAGACAUGUGUUCCACAGCUGAAUCUUCAUCAUCUAAGAAGCAGUGUACAAGUACAUAUUCGUUUUCUGUUCCACAACAGUGUUCCUCAUCUUCUAAUCUAAAGUGGCCGUGGCAAGAACAGAUUGACAUGGAACAAAGUUCAAGCAAAGAUGGUAAGCAUACUUAUGUUUUCAAGGAAGAAAAGAAAAGAAAUGAAAAUACAGUCUUAAAAAAAUCUUUAGAACUUUUUUUUUUUGAAUAAAUGUUUGUGAUAAUACUCAAGCUGAAUGAAGAAAGCUUUAGAACUGGAUACAAGUAAUAGCAUAAUUGUUAAGUUUCAGCUACAACUGAAUACAACAGUAAUGAAAGUCUCUGGAAAGGAAAUUACAACUGGAUAAUUAUAUGAUUUAUAU